AUGGCCUCAGCGGCCGCUCCAAGAGGAUACGACUACGAAACAACUGAAGCUGGUGGCAUCAAGGUCGCCUGUCGAGAUUUUCCGGCUCCAACAACCACAUUGACCGUCGUUGCCAAAGCCGGCUCUAGAUACCAGCCAUUGCCCGGAUAUGCCGAUACAUUGGCCAACUUUGCGUUCAAGAGCACUAGUAAACGGUCGGCAUUGCGGAUUACCCGGGAGUCUGAGCUGCUCGGGGGAGAAUUCUCCGCUUAUAACUCCAGAGAGAACGUGGUCCUUACGGCUAAAUUUCUAAGCUCAGAUCUUCCUUACUACGCUGAAUUGCUGGCAGAAGUCAUUUCGAAUACGAGAUAUCCUGCCCAUGAGUUAGAUGAAGUUGUCUUUGACCUCGUGAAAUUCUCCCAAAACAAUUCCAUCGCCAACCCCUCCAUUCAUGCCCUUGACGCCGUACAUAACGUUGCUUUCCAUCGUGGACUCGGAAAUCCAUUGGUGCCAUGCCCCUCCGCCCCUAUGAAGCAGUAUAUCACAGCCGAAGGUGUUGCAACUUUCAGCAAGAGCGCGUACACCAAGGCUACUACUGCAGUCGUUUCCAGUGGUGCCAACGCCAGUGAAGUCUCGAAAUGGGUCGGCCAAUUCUUCAGUGACGUACCUGCUAGCGCUGCCAACGGCCCAUUCGCUGCUCUUGCCGGUGAACCUGUCCAAUACUUUGGAGGCGAGCAGCGUAUUGCAAGCCAAUCUGGAAAUGCCAUGGUCAUUGCCUUCCCUGGAUCUAGUUCUUUUGGAACCAAGGGAUACAAAGCUGAAUACGAUGUCUUGGCCGCCCUCCUUGGUGGUCAAUCUAGCAUCAAAUGGUCCGCUGGCUCUUCUAUCCUGGCUAAGGCAAUUGAAGGCGUUUCUGGCGUCUCUAUCUCCACAAAACACGCUACGUACUCUGAUGCUGGACUUCUCUGCGUCACUCUCUCUGGUAACGCUGGAUCUCUUGGCCAAGCUGGCAAGAAUGUUGUGGAUGCCAUCAAGAAGAUCGCUUCGGGCAACAUCGCUAGUGAAGAUAUCAAAAAGGCCAUUGCGUUCGCUAAAUUCCGUGCUCUGGAAAGCGGACAAAACCUUACCACUGGUGUGGAAUUGACCGGAUCUGCACUUGUCCACGGAAGCAAGCCUUUCCAGAUUGUUCAAGUCGGACAGAACAUCGAGAAGGUUACUGAGGAGCAAGUCAAGGCGGCCGCAAAAUCUCUUCUCGCAGGAAGAGCCUCCGUCGCUAGCGUCGGCGACCUCUUCCAUCUUCCAUACGCCUCUGAUCUUGGUCUGACUGUGUAA